AAAUGGAAGAGGCCAAAAAUAUCAUAUCAUGGAUCUGCACUCUGUACCACAGUGGAAAAGUGCAGUGAUCAUUUCUUUUCUUUUCUCUUUUCAUUAAUGGGAAGAAAGAAACAAACACAACUACUCAAUUGAAAUCAUUUAGUUGAUGCCUCUGUUUUUCAAGAAUCCACUCAUCAAUGGCAAGUGUGUAGGUUUAAGCCUUGGCACUCACACACAGGGAGAGCUCUUUCUCUCUCUCAAAGUGUGUGUUCAUGUCCGCAUACGUUAUGUGUAUGUGUAACUGAAGAUCCAACUUUUUCCCCUGUAAUCUGCAUGUGUGUCUGUUUUUUUCCCCUUCUUCUCUCUCUCUCUCUCUGGCUCUAUUUGAGGAAUCCUAGGUUUAUUUAUUUCUACAACCCUUCAGCCAUUUUGAACCAUUUUUUCAGUUUCUCUCUUGAACACACAGAAACACACACCAUUGGAUGUAGUAAGUCGGUGUACAUAUGUAUGUCUGUGCAAAUAAGUAAUCAAAUUUUGUUUUUUGGUGUGUGUUUAUUUUGUGAAUUAUGGGUUCUGAAAUGGUGGGGUGUGUGUGGAUUUCUGCUUGAUUUUAACUGAGAUGUGAGGCAUGCAUUGCUGAGUUUUAGGGUUUCCUUGCAUCUUUACUGAUCUUUUGUUCAGAACUCGUUCAAAGAUCUCAUCUUUGUGUAAUUUAUGUGAUAAUCUGUAGAGCAUUUUUCAAUCAAGAACUGUUUUUUUCUUUUUUUUUGUCAGAUCCCCAAUUUUUUCAUCCUUGCAUUGCUUCUCUCCGUUAAGUCCUCAUCCAUUCCCUUUACUCCAAAAUGCCUUUAAUUUGAAAACCCUAAAGUGACAGUCUUCUUUGACGAUUUUCCAUCCAUUGAGAGAACAAAAUUUGAAAACCCAGAAUGUGGAAGCAAAUUCUUGGUAAACUCCCUCGGAAAUCCCAGAAACCGGAUCAAGAUUCUACAAGAAACCCUAGUUUGGGCCCUAACUCAUCGUCCCCAGGUUCAAGUCGGGUAAAUGCUAGCAGUCCUGCCGCCAAACGAGCUUCAGCUGCAGUCUUUCCUGCUUCUGUGAUUGCAGGAAUUGAGCCGUUGCUUGCAUUCAAGGAUGUUCCCAGUUCAGAAAAAAUGAAUCUUUUCAUUAGUAAGUUGAGUCUUUGCUGCGUAGUGUUUGAUUUCACGGAUCCUGCAAAGAAUAUUCAAGAAAAGGAGCUUAAAAGAGCAACCUUGCUAGAGCUUCUUGAUUUCGUAUCUCAGAACCCCCCGAAAUUCUCAGAGCCUGCGAUUUUAGCAUCUUGCAAAAUGUGCUCCAUUAACUUGUUUCGUGUUUUCCCACCUAAUUGUCGAUCAAGUAACACAAGUUCAGGUGAAAAUGACAAUGAUGAUGAGCCAACAUUUGAUCCAGCAUGGUCGCACUUACAAAUAGUGUAUGAUUUCUUGCUCAAGUUUGUUACUUCUGCUGCUUUGGAAGCAAAGGUUGCGAAGAAGUAUAUAAACCACUCAUUUAUUAUGAGAAUCAUUGACUUGUUUGAUACGGAGGAUCCCAGGGAAAGGGACUGCCUGAAGGCAAUUCUGCAUAGGAUAUAUGGGAAAUUUAUGGUUCACCGGCCAUUCAUAAGGAAGUGCAUAAGCAAUGUGUUUUACAGAUUUGUAUUUGAGACGGAGAAGCAUAAUGGGAUUGCGGAGUUGUUGGAGAUUUUUGGGAGUGUGAUCACAGGAUUUGCUUUGCCUCUAAAAGAGGAGCAUAAGAUAUUUCUUUCGAGGGCACUGAUUCCGCUUCACAAGCCAAAGUCACUGGGGAUUUACUUUCAGCAGCUGUCAUAUUGUGUGACUCAGUUUAUUGAGAAGGACCCAAAGCUCGCCAGCAGCGUGAUUCAAGGGCUGUUGAAAUAUUGGCCAAUUACAAAUAGCCAGAAGGAGGUGAUGUUUUUGGGUGAGUUGGAGGAGAUUCUGGAAGUAAUUAACGUGGCUGAGUUUCAAAAGGUCAUGGUUCCGUUAUUCUGGCGACUUGGACAUUGCAUAAAUAGCUACCAUUUUCAGGUAGCUGAAAGGGCUCUUUUCCUGUGGAAUAAUGACCAAGUUGUCAACCUCAUUGCAAAUAACCGGCACGUUUUGCUCCCGAUAAUAUUGCCAGCUCUGGAAGCUAAUGCAGAGAACCACUGGAACCAGGCUGUGCUGAACCUAACUUUAAAUGUGAGAAAGAUGCUCGUAGAAAUGGACGAUGUGCUGGUCAUGGCUUGCAUUUCCAAUUACCAGGAGGAACAACAACGGAAAGACUUAGAGGUCAAAAAGCGGAAGGAAGUUUGGGAACGCUUGGAAAAUGCAGCUAGUCUCCAGCCAAUAGCCGGAAACACUGCUGUUCUAGUAAACCAUUGAGCAGCCAUUGUAUCAUGUGAAGUGCUGUUGGAAUGGUGCUCGUCCUGAAGGCUUUUGUGCAUUGUAUUUACCUUGUUUUUGGUAUUGGGGAACCGGAAUCGGCCACCUGGCCGUGGCUGCAGCCCUUUGGAUGAUAAAAAGGGCAGCCUGUUGUUGUUAGAAAAUCUAAUCUAUUUCUGUUUAAAUAUGUUCUCUUCCCCAGAAAUCGCAUGGGAAGGGUCUCCCUAGGUGAUAGUACAAACUAACAUCUUUUGUUAGUUUUUAUUUUCUUUCUUUUUCUUAAAACUUAAGUAUAAUUGUUAUUGCUCUUGUAUCUUUCUAAGCUGACAGUCUGCGUGUGUGCGUGUGCGUGUGCGUGCACGCCCUUGUCCCUGUGGAAAUUACUAUACCUCUGUCUGUUGUGAACUUUGUAUUGUGGGAUAGGAACAGGAUAGAAAUAUGAUGAGUUGCUAGUGGCUGGUGGAAUAUCUGAUGGACUGCCGCAAAGAUGGCUGAGCUUGUUGCUCUCCUUAUAUUCAAUUUAAGGAUUUCCAGUUAAAAAUA